GAACACUCCCAUAUUUUCAGCUUAUAUUGAUAUCAGGUUUUACAUGAAAAGCCACUGGAUGUGCACCUUAGUAAGUGCCGAAUCUGUUGGUGUGACUUCCCACAGCAAUAUUACUGAGUCAGCCUCACUUGCCCUCAAAAAGCAGCCGAGCUAGCAAGAUGUGACACAACAUACUAAAACGAUUUAUUGGGGCGCCCAUUUUUUGAGAACAUAUGUAUGACCGUGGAAGGAGAUACGUUACUAAGACCAAUUACUUAUAUAAGGGCAAGGUUGUGCCUCUGGUUGAGCUACUAAAUCUGCACCCACAGCAAUUUACCCAUAGCUCAAGGCUAUUGUGGUGUAGUCUAAUAGAAUUAUAUCUCUGCCGCUUUAUUGCGCUUUCCUCGACUUAUUAUUAUGAAAGGAGUUACUCUCGCAGCUCUUACGGUGGGACUGCUGCCAAUAGCUGGAGCCGGUACGGCUCCAGCUGCAGAGGCAGAAGUCCAGGCCGGCCGUCUAAAUGUCACCAUUCCAUCUGGUACCAUUAUUGGUUCGACCGAUGGAGAGGUCGAGUCGUUCAAAGGCAUCCCUUAUGCUGAUCCACCAAUCGGGGAUUUACGCUUCAGACCACCAGUCAGACUUUCGACACAUCUUGGAGAGUUUUAUGCUACAGAGGAAGCUGCAGCAUGCCAUGAGGGACCCGUCUUUGGUCCAUUUGCCGAUACGAAUGAUACAAUAGCUACUCUUGCAGAAAUCGAUGUUGCAAACGCUGUUUUUAAAGAUAUCGCCGGUGAUAAGCCCACAAAGUAUGACGAGGACUGCUUGACAAUUACUGUUCAACGCCCCGAGGGUAUUGAAGCUGGCGCCAAUCUUCCUGUAUUAUUCUGGAUCUAUGGCGGCGGUUUUGUGGGUGGGAGCACCACUGGGUUUGAUGGUACCGAGUUGGUCAAGACUGGAGUGCAACUCAAUCAACCGUUUAUCUUUGUAGCAGUCAACUAUCGCGUUGGCGGCUGGGGCUUUAUGCCGGGAGAAGAGAUUCUUCGUGAAGGAAGUGGUAAUGCAGGACUGCGUGACCAGCGAAUGGGGCUUGAAUGGGUGGCCGAUAAUAUCGCAGAGUUUGGAGGUGAUCCAGGGAGAGUCACAAUCUGGGGAGAGUCUGCUGGUGCCAUAUCGGUGUUCGACCAGCUAGUUCUGUUUGACGGCAAUGCAACCUACAAUGAUAGGGAGCUUUUUCAUGGUGCCAUUAUGAACUCUGGUACCGCUCUUCCUACCGAUCCUUUAGAUGGUCCUAAGGGGCAGGCUAUCUAUGAUGCAGUUGUCAAGAAGGCUGGCUGCGAGAGCGAGCACGAGGACUCGUUAAGCUGUCUCCGCAAAUUAGACAAUGACAACUUUACCGCUGCAGCCAACUCGGUCCCAGGGAUUUUCUCAUAUCCAUCUCUUGCACUGUCGUAUCUGCCGAGGCCAGAUGGCACAGUCUUGACGGACAGUCCCGAUGCACUAGCAAGGCAAGGGAAAUUUCAUAAAGUGCCGGUAAUAAUGGGUACGCAAGAAGACGAAGGAACACCCUUUAGCUUCUUUCAAAACGAUAUGGGCACAGAUGAUAAAAUCGUUACAUAUCUCUCGAAAUAUUACUUUGGCAAUGCUACCAGCGACCAAGUCAGUGAAUUUGUCGGUACUUAUAGCGAUAAAAUUUCUGACGGAAGCCCGUUUCGGAGCAACCUUCCGUACGAGCUCUAUCCGGGAAAGAGGAGGAUUGCUGCCAUUCUUGGUGACAUGGUAUUUAAUCUAAUGCGACGUAUCACACUUCAAAUUCUUUCUGAGGAACUACCUGAAAUCUCUUCCUGGUCCUAUUUCUCCUCAUACAACUACAACUUCGGCCUCAACCCUAUGGGCACUAUGCACGGGUCAGAUAUCGCUGUUCUCUUCGAAAACUCUAAUGACGAACAUCCUACAAUCAGUGGCCGAACAUACUACAUAAAUUUUCUCUAUACUGGGGAUCCCAAUAUCGGCAGUAAUGUAGAAGUACUUUGGCCCCAGUGGACGGAGGAUCACCAGCUCUUGUGGUUUAAUAAGACAGAGAACGGCCUCAAAAACGAUACGUAUAGGGAGAGCAGUUACGAUUUCAUGUUUGAGAAUAUCGAUUCUUUACGCUUUUGAUUACUAAAUCCCAGGUUUGAGAGCCAUGGCAGAACCAACGCAAUUUAAAUACUACAACUAUAGCUUCUAGUUUAGCCAACGUUUGUCACGAUCCAACUCAUUCAAGGCCGUAGCAGCGGGUCUAUGGAGUAAGAAUCAAAGAAGAAUGGACUUAGCAAUAAGGCAUGAAUCAGAUGAGCGCAGAUAAAAUGAGACUAGACAUAUAGGUUCACUUCACCACAUUCAUUUAGACAAUUUAGAUGAUCAGUUGUUAAUAUUGCGAUUAUAUUUUACUCUAAAUGCCGUCAUUCGUUGCCAACUGCUCUGACCGUUCCGUG